AUGCUUCGGUCCUUUGCUUAUUAUGGUUAUUCUCUUGUGGCAGAACAUGAAAUCCAGCACCUCAGAGAAAGCAACCUUGAGCUUGAAAAGGAGCUGAAGGAUCUCAAGUCACUGAUUGAGGUGCAGAGGUUGGCUGAUGAUCAGGUGGCAGAACAUGAAAUCCAGCACCUCAGAGAAAGCAACCUUGAGCUUGAAAAGGAGCUGAAGGAUCUCAAGUCACUGAUUGAGGUACAUAGGUUGGAUGAUGAUCAGGUGGCACAAGAAAUCCAGCGCCUCAGAGAAAGCAACCUUGAGCUUGAAAAGGAGCUGAAGUAUCUCAAGUCACUGAUUGAGGUACAGAGGUUGGCAGAUGACCAGGUGGCAGAAGAAACCCAGCGCCUCAAAGAAAGCAGCCUUGAGCUUGAAAAGGAGGUGAAGGAUCUCAAGUCACUGAUUGAUGUACAGAUUUCUGGUGAUGAUCAGUGGGAUGACUCAGUAGUUGAAGACCUGCCUAGCCCAAGCAAGAAUGCUAUUUCACCAUCGAAGGAGGACAAGGAUAGACUUGCUAGGAGAAGAAAAGGAAAGAAGUGGUCCUCUUUGGAAGAGGACACCUUGAGGGCUGGUGUUGAGCAAUAUGGAGUGGGGCGUUGGAAGUUGAUCUUGACCAGCAACCAGGACAUCUUUGGAGAGAGAAACGCAGGUGGAUUUGAAGGAUAA